AUGAAAAUAAUUGAGAGCGGCGAAGAGAAGCAGUACUACGACGCCAUCGUGUCAUCCGGGGCCAAGGCUGGCUUGUGUGGCCUCGCCCUCGGUGUCGCAGCCAUGGCAGGGCUGCAUUCGUGGUACCCGCCGUUCAGACAACUCCCUCUCUACAUCAAGAGCACUUCUGCCAUCUACCCCGGAAUAUUGGCUACGAGCAUUGGCGCCACCCACGCGUCCCAUAGCUUCCAGUCGCGGUUGCACCCGGAGGCGCAGGAGUACAUGCGCCAGGUCAAGCGUCAAGCCAAAGAGGCACACAGGAGGGAGCCAAGGAGCCAGCGAGAACGGGAAUGGCUGCACAAGAAUCAGUAUUACAUCUUGGGCGGGAUAUGGGCUUCUACCAUGGCCUCCAGUCUGGCACAGAUGCGGCAUGACCAUUUCACCUCGGGGGCCCGAAAGCUGGUCCAGGCCCGCGUCACGGCGCAGGCAUCGACGCUCGCUGUGCUGCUCGUGACUGCGGCUAUUGAAUACAAGGACAGAAGAAAGAGAAUGGGAAAGUUCCAACCAGUUGUCCUUGUCCAUAGUGAGGCAUCGAGGGCGGGUCCGCCCCAGGAGAAGAGAGUACCGUAG